AUGCCGGAGGCAUCAGUUUUCCAUUUCCCAGUCUCCACGCCCAUCGCCAACGACCGCGUGAAGCUCGUCCCGUUCGACCUCGACCUCCACGGCGCCGCCUUCAUCGCCCAGUCCGCCGACCACCCGGAGCUCUACGCCAACAUGUCCUUCAUACCAUUCACGACGGUCAAUGAGCUGAAAGCGUCAUUCACCAGGCCCGACACCAUCCUCUCCCUCUCCAACCCGGCCCACACCAUCCUCGCCAUCAUCGACAAGACCAGGGACCGGUCCCCCGAGGACCCGGAGGGCGAGCUCGCGGGCAUGGUCGGCUAUAUCAACACGUUCAAAGCCCACCUCAGCAGCGAAAUUGGCGCCAUCGUCGUGCUGCCACGGUACCAGCGCUCGCACGUGACGAGCAACACCGUCGGCCUGAUGCUGCAGUACGCGUUCACGCCGGCCGAGGACGGCGGGCUGGGGCUACACAGGGUUCAGUGGCACUGCAGCACGGCAAACGCUGCCAGUGCCAAGGUCGCCGAGCGGAUGGGUUUUGAAAAGGUCGGCAGGAUCCCGUACCACAUGAAGUUCCCGCUGGGAAAGAGGCACGGGAAGCUGGGGAACGGCAAGCCUCUCCCGCCUGGGAGCCAUCCGGAUGAUGUGUGGAGGGACUCGUUCUACUACAGCCUGAGCUGGGAUGUGUGGGAGGAUGAGGCCAGGGAAAAGGUCGAGAAGGCGAUGAGUCGCUAA